AUGACCUUAAAAGUUGAGCCCAAUUUGAUUUUCAAGAUGACUUUUAAACGAUCUUCAUAUGAUGAAGUCAAACCCGACUCUAAAGGUGAUAAAAGGUCGAAGAAGUCUGAAGGUUCAAAUCACCUUCCUGAUUCAAAUAACAAGUACGACAUUGAUGAAUUACACAAAGCUCCGUGUUCAAAGGUUGAACGCUGCGAAAGCAAAGUAUCUGCAAAUAAGUCGAAAAAGAAGUUGCUCAAAGAAUUUAUUUCAAAAAAUAAAGACAGUGUUGGUGAGCUAACCAAUGGCGUACCAAAACUGCUUAUCACGAGUUUACCACAUAGUGUAAAUAAGUCUACUCUUAAGGAAGUUUUCCCGUUGGCUACUCGUGUGAAACUAAGCAAGAAAGCUAGUUCAAGAUAUGCAUUUUUGGAUUUUUCAAGCAGUGGAGAUUACUCGGAUGCUAUGAAGCGUUUAGAGUCAUUAGAAUUUUGUGGUGUGAAGCCAAAUUACCGGAUAAUCGUUGGAUCUGAUGAAAAUGUAAUCAAAUCCCAAAAUACAAAACAAUUGGCCAAUAAACCUAAUUGUCUAAGAAUUAGAAAUCUACCAUAUUCAUUAACUUUAAAUGAAAUUAAAGCAGAAUUUCCUUUAGCAGAUCAGAUUCACUUGGACGUAAAUAAACUUGGAAUCUUUAAUGGAUCUUGUAUAUUAGAAAUGAAGAGUAACGAUGAUCUUCAGGCUGUUUUAAAUCAAUGUAAGCACAAAUAUAUUGGCGAUCGUCUGGUUAGAGCAGAAGCUCAAUGUACUAUGAAAACACAAUCCUCUAAACCUGUCGAUCCCAAUGCUAGUUUCGGUUUGAGGCUUAAAGAAGUACCCAAUGUCAUCAAAGACAGUUAUAUUAAAGGGUUAUUUCCUAAGGAUUCAGUGGUUGGAUUAAGCUCAAGAUCAGUGCAAGAUUCUAAUACCAGGAAUGUGUUUAUUUUCUUUAAAAACAAUGCUCAGCGUAAAUCCGCUUUAAAAAUGUUCAAAAAUGAAGUUAUUAUGGGUUAUCCAAUUUCAUGUCGACUAUGGGUUGCUACUAAACAACGACACAAAUCUCAAAAAAAAGAAACGACCGCACCGGUUAUAUCGGAUCGUGUAAAGUGGAAACCAGUUAAACCCGUGAGGUGUGAACAAACCACAAGUUUUAGUGUUUAUUCCACUGCUCCCGCUGCAACUAAGAAACACAUUGUAUUUGAUGCUGAUGAUGAAUGAUCCAGAGGAAGAGACCAUUUGUCGAAGUCAGUCCGUUUCAUGAAUUUACAGUGUUUCUGUUCAGGCUGAGUGAAUUUCUAUUAGAAUUCGAUCAAAUGUACAAAACUGCCUUAUAUAUUAUUUAACAUUCAUGUAUGUAUAUAUAUGCAUAUUUACCUCAACAUCGUUUGAGAUUUUUACUGUAAUAAACUCCUUCGGAAUGCUCCCCGAGUUUUGAAUGGCUAGAG